AUGAGACCUCCUGCCCCAGCCAUGGAGGUGGGAGCAUCAGGGCACCCCCAUGGGGUCUGGGGGGACCCCUCAGCAGGGACCUACAUCAUCCCACCCAGGGUGCCCACCCAGCCGCCACAGCAGCCGCUGCUCAUCCUCCAGCAGCUUCCCAGGACCCUGGUGACCCCCAGCCCCCCCUCUGGAGCCCCACAGCUCCAGGGAGAUUUAAUUGAGUUGAUGAUGAUUCAAAGCUCCCAGAUGCACCAGGUGGUGAUGAACAGCUUGGCUGUGUCAGCUCUCAUGGCCUUUGGGUUUGGGCCAGCCCCAGAUGCUGCCCAGGUGAUGCCUCUGGAGACUGAUGAGGAAGAGGAGGCUGUGGUUUUCCACCACCACUACCUCCCCUACCCCAGGCCUGCUCCCCUCCUGGCGUGGGCAGUGCCAGGGCAGGCUGAGGCGCCGCUGGGCACGGGCUGGCUGCCCGAGGAUCAGGAGGUCAGUGCUGUGCCUCCCCCUCCACCCCCCAGUGCCACAGGGACAGUGGGAGCCAACGUCCCACCAGCCUCAGAGUACUAUGACGUGGUGGAGGAGAGGCUGUGAGCUCCACUUGGCCCAACACAGAUCCCUCCUGCACAUCCCAGCCCUGGAGCCCAGCAUGAUCCUGAGGGUGCUGAGCAGUGGUGCUGCACAAUCCCCAGCCUUCCAUGGAGAGGAAGCUUCAUGCCCUCAGUGCAUGUUGCUG